CCCACAACAAAGAUUGCCGUAACUCGUACGAAAUACGCACGCGAGAAUGGCUUCCCCCUUUUCGGCGUCAUCGUUGCUGUCGAAUGACCUUGCUAUCCAGUUCAGAGGGCGUGAGAGCCAUACGGCUCAUACUGCAUGCGCCUUUGGCCGAAGCGGCACGAGGAGAUUGUCAUCCGAACCGUCAUGUUCGAUAUGGGUCCACGGUGGGAAAAUGAUCUGCGCGUCGUCCUGGGGCUUUGCAAUGCCGUCAACGGCGCGCCCCCAGUUCGUGGCUCGUGGCCAUUUGGUGUGCCCACAGGACCGGCGCAUCCUCGUUUUGCGGCGGCAUGACAGCGAACCUGCUGCCGGCGCCGGCACGUUUGACGCCACGAACCAAGUUAGGCGACCGGCUUCGAAUGGGCAAGGCAAGGCAAGCCGCCACCCGAGACAUGGGUGUGUGAGUUGAAGACAGCGACACCAGCAAACAAAGGGGUCGUCUCUUUCGAGUGGCCCGCCCGCAGACAGACGCAGGUCGGGAAUCGGGUCAAUUUGGAGUAAGCAUUGGCGGCCAAGUGCGAAAGCGGCUGUGAACCAGAACGGACAAAAGUGGGCGGCGGGGGAGACGGACGUCGAGCCGUGGCAGGCCCCCCUCCAGUCACGUGGGUUGGCGAUGCCCAGGACGCGAUUUGGCGCGGCGUCACGACUGGAGCUGUAACCGCAGGGUAGCUGCGCAGCAUUCGACCUCGUCUUGAUGCGCGCAGAAAACAACUCGAGAACGGAGUGGGUUGAAGAUUUGACAUAGAGAUUUGUUGGAUUAUUGGAUUUCUCUUAGGUUUCUUCGUCUCACAAACCAACGUGGCGCGUUGCGCGUAGCGCGUAGCACGGCCUGUUGGCGAAGAAGCUCUCAUCCUCCACGCCUCCUUCCAUCGUCAUCGACCUCACCUGAGCACUCUUGGGCAACGGCACCAGCGCCCUCGGCCUGACCCUGCCGCCCGCCCACUCCAAAUCGCCAGCAAAACACGCAAUCUCGCCUCUCCAAGUCGCGUAUCCACGUCGAGAUGCGAUAAACAGCCCGCACACUGGACACGCCCCCUCCCGCCUCUCCCCAUCCCCCAUGACGGACCUGUUGCGCAUCCUCCCGUCCUUCCGCACCGCGCCCUUCUCCGCCCUGCUCCCCGCCAUCGAGCAGCAUGCCCUCACCACCGCCGAGCUCCUCGCCCUGCACCCGGCUGACAUCGCCAAGCAGACGCAGCUCCCGCUGCUGGACCUUAAGCGCUUCGUCGCCGCCAUCCAGUCGUCGCUGGUCGACGACCUGGUCCCGGAGCAGCUGCUCGUUGGGCUGGACGACGACGACGACGACGACGACGACGGGCCCGGUCAUCAGCACGCCGCGAGCAUCGCAGACAGCCGCGGGAAGGAGGAGAAGGGAGAGGAGGAUGACGAUGGAAGAGAGGGAGAUGUUGCGCCCAAGGGCACCCAGGAUGACCCCGGCGCAGUCGCGGCAGAGCAGCAGCAGGAGCAGCGGCCGCCGCCGCCAUCGCCGCAACGACAGAUGACGCCCGGCAACAUCCCGUGCGAGGCCAUCAGCACCCUUGACGACGGCCUCGACGCCGCGCUCGGCGGCGGCGUGCCCCUCGGCUGCAUCACCGAGUUCGCCGGCGAGAGCGGCGCCGGUAAGACGCAGUUCCUCCUCUCCCUGUGCCUCGCCGUGCAGCUGCCGCCCCCGCGCGGCCUCGCCAAGCAGGCCCUCUACAUCUCCACCGAGUCCGGCCUCGCCACCCGCCGCCUCGCCCAGAUGCUCGCUUCCAACCCGGCCUUUCUUGCCAGGAACGACGCCGACGCGCGCCCGCCGUCGCUCGACAACAUUCUCAGCACCGUCACGCCCGACCUCGAGUCCCAGGACCACAUCCUCGAGUACCAGGUCCCCGUCCUGCUGUCGCGCCACGACAUUGGCCUCGUCGUCGUCGACUCCGUCGCCGCAAACUACCGCGCCGAGUUUGAGCGCCAGGGGUCCCGCGGCUCUAACAUGGCCGCCCGGAGCGCCGAGCUCAUCCGCCUCGGUGCCUUGCUGCGCGACCUCGCCCGCAGGCACAACCUCGCCGUCGUCGUCGCCAAUCAGGUCGCCGAUCGCUUCUCCUCGUCUUCCCUCUCGCCCGGUACCAUCCGCGGCCGCGUCCACGCCGGCGCCGUCAGAAACGUCGCCACGACCCUGCAAAGCACGCAGGACAGCCCGCUCGCGUCGCGGAGUGACAAGGGCCCUCCGCCCCUUCCCCUCGCCAGCACGCCGCCGCCGCCCUCCUCCUCUGGCGCCGCCCCCUUCUCCUUUCCCGACGACGGCCCGCCACCUGCGCCGCCCGCCCUGCGGCUCGACCACCAGCAGCGCUGGUUCACCGGCUGGGGCGACGACCCGUACUCGUCGCAGGCCCUCAAGACGCCUAGCCUCGGCCUCGUCUGGUCCACUCAGAUCUCGUGCCGCGUCGCCCUAUUCAAACGCCCUGUCUACGGCCGCCCGCGGAGGGUCGCCGCGCCGCUCCACGCGGACGACUACGACGACGGCGACGACGUCGCUUCGCGCGAGCCAACGCUUAAGGCGUGGAGGAGAUGGAUGAAGGUCGUAUUUGCGCCGCACGUCGCGGCGUCGGGGCGGGGGAUGGACGGAGCGGCCGAGUUUGAAGUAAAUAUGGGCGGCCUCAAGUCUGUAAAGCCUAAAGCGAAGCUCAAAGCGAAAGGCAUACACUGAAGCCUUGCUGCGCCUUUAGUUCGCAAGGCUUACGAAAGGUAGUCACAUAAGAUUAGACGAAUCACGCCAGAAC